CGCUGCGUGGUGAGGUCAGUGCAGCCCCGCCGUUGCUGGUCCCGCUGCCCGUCGCUCUCUGCCCUGGUCUGUUCGCCGUGGUCCCCGACCCUCCCUACGGAGUGCGGCGCUUCCCCUUCACUCAGGGCUUUGCUGGAUUUGGCCUGGUAGGAGGCUGGUGACAACGCGGCCUUCUCCGGCUCUCCGCCCGCCGUCAGAUUUACACUUCGUAGUUAAGUGUAAAAAAUGGAGAUUAGAGAGUGAAAACAGGAGAGAAAUCAGGCAAGGAUAAACUCUGCCUCAAGAGUGCCUAGUGGAGAAUGCAAUGGGAUCAAUAGCAUGUCUGCGGAGAGUGGCCCUGGGACAAGACUGAGAAAUUUACCAGUAAUGGGGGAUGGACUAGAAGCUACACAAAUGUCUACAACACAGGCACAGGGCCAAACCCAGCAAGGCAGUACUGCAGCUAAUAACCCACCUCCACCAGAGACCUCAAAUCCUAACAAACCCAAGCGUAUGACCAACCAGCUGCAGUAUCUGCUCAAAGUGGUGCUCAAGACACUAUGGAAACAUCAGUUUUCAUGGCCUUUCCAGCAGCCUGUGGAUGCUGUCAAACUAAACCUCCCUGAUUAUUAUAAAAUUAUUAAAACUCCUAUGGAUAUGGGAACAAUAAGGAAACGCUUGGAGAAUAACUACUACUGGAAUGCUCAAGAAUGUAUCCAGGACUUCAAUACAAUGUUUACAAACUGUUAUAUCUAUAAUAAGCCAGGGGAUGAUAUUGUUUUAAUGGCAGAAGCUCUAGAAAAACUUUUUCUGCAGAAAAUAUCUGAAAUGACACAGGAAGAAACUGAAAUCGUUAUAGUCCAGACAAAAGGAAGAGGACGGGGGAAGAAGGAAACAGUUACAUCCAAGGCUGGAGCAUCAACGGUACAGAAUACAACUCAAGCAUCAUCCCCACCACAGACGCAGGCUUCACAGUCAAAUCCUCAGCCGGUGCAAACAACUCAUUCAUUUCCUUCUGUGACCCCUGACCACAUUGUCCAGACGCCAUUACCAACGCUGGUGCCUCCCCAGCUUCCCCCACCACCACCUCCCCAGCCUCCUCCUCCCCCGCCCCCUCCUUCAGCGUCUGUCCCCCAACCCAUUCAAACACACCAACCAAUUAUCCCAACUGCUGCACAGCCCAUGAAGACAAAAAAAGGCGUGAAGAGGAAAGCAGACACUACAACUCCAACAACAAUAGACCCGGUUCAUGAGUCCUCAUCACUGCCCACAGAGCCCAAGGCUGCCAAGACAGGUCCACGAAGAGAAAGCCGACCAGUGAAGCCGCCUAAGAAGGAUGUUCCAGACUCUCAGCAGCAUGUAGUAGAGAAGAGUAGUAGUAAUAAAGUGUCAGAGCAAUUAAAAUAUUGUAGUGGCAUCAUAAAAGAGAUGUUUGCUAAGAAGCAUGCUGCCUACGCCUGGCCCUUCUACAAACCUGUGGAUGUGGAAGCACUUGGGCUCCAUGAUUACCGUGAUAUCAUUAAGCAUCCCAUGGAUCUGAGCACAAUUAAAUCGAAACUGGAGAACCGGGAUUAUAGAGAUGCUCAGGAAUUUGCAGCUGAUGUCAGAUUGAUGUUUUCCAAUUGUUACAAGUAUAAUCCUCCUGAUCAUGAGGUGGUUGCUAUGGCACGGAAACUGCAGGAUGUAUUCGAGAUGCGUUUUGCUAAAAUGCCAGAUGAGCCUGAAGAACCUGUGAUUCCAGCUUCCUCUCCAGUAGUGGUGCAGCCUCCACCCAAAGUGCCCCCACCUUCAUCCAGUGAUAGCAGCAGUGACAGCUCCUCUGAUAGUGACAGUUCAUCCGACGAUUCUGAAGAAGAACGAGCUCAGCGGCUAGCAGAGCUCCAGGAACAGCUUAAAGCAGUGCAUGAGCAGUUGGCUGCCCUGUCCCAGCCGCAACAGAACAAACCAAAGAAGAAGGAGAAAGACAAGAAAGAAAAGAAAAAGGAGAAGCACAAAAAGAAAGAAGAAGUAGAAGAGAAUAAAAAAAAUAAAACCAAGGAUCCACCACCUAAGAAGGCCAAGAAAAAUAAUGGCAGUAACAGUAACUCAAGUAGUAAGAAGGAGCCUGUGACUCUGAAGAACACCAAGCCACCUCCUGCUUAUGAGUCUGAGGAGGAGGAGAAAUGUAAACCAAUGUCUUACGAAGAAAAGAGACAGUUGAGUCUGGACAUUAACAAACUCCCUGGCGAAAAACUAGGCCGGGUUGUCCAUAUCAUCCAGUCAAGAGAACCCACGCUGAAAAACUCCAAUCCUGAUGAGAUUGAAAUUGACUUUGAGACAUUAAAGGCGUCCACAUUGCGGGAGCUGGAAAGAUAUGUAACAUCUUGUUUACGGAAAAAGAGGAAACCUCAAGCAGAGAAAGUGGAUGUAAUUGCUGGUUCCUCUAAAAUGAAGGGGUUCUCCUCCUCAGAGUCUGAGAGUACCAGUGAGUCCAGCUCCUCCGACAGUGAAGAUUCAGAAACAGAAAUGCCUCCAAAACUUAAGAAAAAAGGACAUUCUGGACGAGAACAGAAGAAGCAUCACCAUCACCACCAUCAGCAGACGCAGCAACAGCAGCAGCAACAGCCACAGUUGCAACCACAGCAGCUGCCCCCACCACCUCCUUCAGCCCCUCAACAAGCAGCCCCUCCAGUCAAAUCCUCUCCUCCAGCUUUUGUUCCAGUGCAGAUCCCAGUUAUGGAGCAUCCGCUCCCAGGGAAUAUGUUUGACACUAUUUCACAUUUCACUCAACCGAUUAUACACCUUCCUCAGCCAGAAAUGCCGCCCCAUCUCCCUCAGCAGCCUGAGCACAGCACUCCUCCUCACUUGAAUCAGCAUACAGUAGUUUCUCCUCCAGCUUUGCACAAUGCUCUGCCUCAGCAACCCUCAAGACCUAGUAAUCGAGCUGCAGCACUCCCCCCUAAACCUGCUCGGCCUCCCGCAGUGUCACCAGCUCUUAACCAGCAACCCAUGCUUCCGCAGCCCCCACUUCCCCAGCCUCCCCAGGAGCUUUUAGAGGAUGAAGAACCUCCUGCUCCUCAUCACAACCUGCUGAGUAGUAGCCAGAUGCAGCUGUACAUUCAGCAGCUGCAGAAAGUGCAGCCACAGACUUCUCUCCUCCCUUCAGUGAAGGUCCAGUCGCAGCCUCCGCCAUCCCUGCAACCUCCCCCCCAUGCUCCAGUGCAACAGAUGCAGCAUCAGCCACAGCAGAGGCCAGUACAUAUGCAACCAAUGCAGUUCCCUCCCCAUAUCCCUCAGCCUCAGCCACCUCCGCAGCAGCACCUACUCCCACAGCAGCAACAGCCGCCGCCGCCGCCACAGCCGUCAAAACCCCAGCAAGUCAUCCAACACCACCCAUCGCCGCGACAUCACAAGCCAGAUCCCUAUUCAGCUGGUCAUUUGAGAGAAGCACCUUCUCCUCUCAUGAUGCAUUCCCCACAGAUGCCACAGUUCCAGGGGCUGCAACAUCAGUCUCCACCGCAACCAAAUGUCCAGCCAAAAAAACAGGAACUGAGAGCCGCAUCUGUGGUUCAGUCACAGCCUAUGGUAAAAGAAGAAAAGAUGCAAUCCCCAGUCAUCCGAAAUGAGACUUUCAGCCCAGCCUUGCGGCAGGAUCCUCCCAAACACCCAGAGAGCAUCAAGCCACCUACACAUAUCCAACAACGAACAGAGAUGAAGCCAGUGGACAGUGGGCGGCCUGUUAUAAGACCCCCAGAGCAAAAUCCACCACCUGGAGUCCAGGACAAAGAGAGACUGAAGCAGGAACCAAAAACACCAGUUGCCCCUAAAAAGGAUUUGAAAUUAAAGAAUAUGGGCUCCUGGGCAAGCUUAGUGCAGAAGCACCCCACUGCACCAUCCUCUACAGUGAAAUCCAGCAGCGACAGCUUUGAGCACUUCAAGAGGGCAGCCCGGGAAAAAGAGGAGCGUGAGAAGGCUUUGAAGGCUCAGGCAGAACAAGCAGAAAAGGAGAAGGAGCGGCAGAGACGGGAGCAAGAGAGAAUGAGGAGUCGUGAAGAGGAGGAUACUCUGGAGCAAGCUCGUCGAGUUCAUGAAGAAGUCCGACGGCGCCAGGAGCAGCCACCACAGCAUCAUCAACCACCACCACCACCACAGCAGCAGCAACAACAACAGCAGCAGCAGCAGCAGCAGGUGUCAGCAGCAGCCUCUGCUCCCCAAGCACAGAGCUCUCAGCCGCAGGCUUCUCAGUCCAUGCUGGACCAACAGAGAGAGAUGCUCAGAAAACGAGAGCAGGAACGAAGGCGCAGGGAGGCAAUGGCAGCUACUAUCGACAUGAAUUUCCAGAGUGAUUUGCUGGCAAUAUUUGAAGAGAAUCUUUUCUAAUAGCGCCUGGUUUUCUUUGCCUGACUCCUUAAUUUCCUGGCAAAUCUUUGACUCUCCAUAGUGUUGUUGGCGGCUGGGAGGAGAGCAUUCCUGCAGCCUUUCUGCAUGUGUGACAGAUGCGGCCUCAGAAGGAUCAGCAGAGUCUGCCUUACAAUGUGAUUUUCUUCCCCACCCCGCCUCACUGAAGAAAGAAAGACCAAGACAAGCCAACUCUGUACUAGGUUUGAGUCGGUGGACAUGCAGUUACCGGGAAGGGUGCCCCUGAUCACUUGAUAUUCUCUAUGCCAAACUUACUUGCAGUAUAUCCAGGACUUAAUGCUGUUCACCCCUUUUCUAUUCUUAAGAGUUCUGAGUUACAGAAUGUCUUUGACUCUACAAUGCUGUGUGCUGGCAGCACAAGACACUCUGCAUUGAGAGGCUGUGUACAAGAAGACAUACAAGCUGUUUCUGAGUCCUGUCAUCACUGGCUUUGCCUUUAACUAAACUUCCCACAAGCCUGUAGCUGGGAGCCAUUCUCUGUAAGUGUUCGCUUGUGAAAAAGGGAAUAAUUUAGCGGAGGUGUCAAGUGUUACCUGGCGAUUUGAGUGAGGUUUUUGUUUUUAGCAUUGUGUGGAGGUCCAGGAAUCUGAGCUAGACUACCAACCAAAGUCAGUUUCUUUCAAUCUGUUUAUUUUCCUCCAGACAAAUUGGCACUGCUCAGCUCUUGAGUGGGUAUUCUUGUCUCUUCAUUAUGGAUUGGAGUGGGGAAAACAUUAGCACCAGGGGUAUCUCCCACCCUGUCAAUAGUGUUUGACUGUGGCUGUAUUGUAUAGUGAAUAUAGUUGGCAUAUAUUUGUUUGAGUUUUAUUGGUGAGCCCACCAAACUCUGUAAAGACACUGCUUAUAUUUUGCUCAGUUCCAGACUUUUCAUCUAUAUUUUUAACUGUAAUACCAGAAAGAUACAUUUUGGGUUUUAAAUGUCAUGGAGUCUGUUAAAUUAGUUUUUAUACAGCAAAGGAGCAACUCCAAGGAGGGAGUGGGAGUGGACUUGGAUCAGCAGGAAGGCCUGCUCCUCUUGCCUUCAGUUGAGUUCUCUCACACACUAGCAGUGAUCGUUUUCCCAGCACCUUUAGUGUGUUUUUUUUCCAUUUUACUCUUUGAAUUGUUCCAAGUUUAUGUGCCAUAAAUACCCACUAUACAGUACAAUACUGGUGUGUCAGUAUUGGCCAAUCUCUGGAGUAAUUAAUUGGUUUUACUUUAAUACGGUGAAUAUGCAUUUGGUCUGUACUGAUCAUGGAAUAAACUCAUCUCUUUUUUUUUAAAGUUGGUGUCGUACUGACAUUUCUUUUAAAUCCUGCUUGUGAUGAAAUUACUUAAGGGGGUAAAGCUGCAAAAGGACAGCUUGCCCCCUCACCUGUCUUGCUCCAGCAGAGAAAGGAAUUCUCUGGCCACAAUUAGCAGGGUUUCUGUCUUGUCACAAACCUGGGAAAAGCUUUCCCUGGGAGCAAUCCUAAAGCAACAGAAUUUCCUAGAAACUGUAGGAAGACAAAGUAUCAAGCAGUUGGUGCCUUCUCAGAAGAGACUUUCCCAGAAGGCAUCUUACCCCAUGGCUGGUUUCAUGCUGUAGAACUAAACCAAAAGUUGGAAAAGACCAUGCAGGGAUUGCUCUCUGUUACUUCCUCUUCCUGCAGUGGACAAAUCUUAGCAAAUGUAUGAUGUAGCUUCCAGCAGUGAAAAUUGGCCCACUUCAGUUGCAAUGAGAAAGAGGCAAGGUUUGUCUGCUUAUGGACAAUGGUCCUCCUUGGACAAGUCCCAUGUUGUCAGUGAAAUACUUUCUUUUAAAUUUGGCUGCCUGAAAAGUGCUUAGGUUUGGUGCAUUUGGACUGGCUGCAGCUGACCCCUUGAGGAUCCAGUGAAAGGAGAGGAAGGAAUAGAUAGUUCACCUUUCUGUACUCUUCCUCCAAACAAGUGUUCUCAGAGGACCUCCUGGCCCCAGAAUUUGACAGUGUAGAGCUUGUGUUGAUACCUCUCUUGACAAAAUGUGACUGUUCUGACAGAAACUGUCCUGAGUCUGGGUCAGUGGGGUUGGGCUAUCGAACACUGUUAUUCAGUGUACCUAUUCCUGGCAGCUCGGGCCCUCCCUGGCUAGCUGCUGUAGAGGAUGCUAUCAUUUUGCGUGAACACCUCAAACCAACCUCACUUUUGCGCGUUCAGCCAAAGACACCUCUAUUUUCCCAUAUGACAUAAGUUUUGAAAGACAGUUUGCAUAAUUUGCCAUCAUCUCUUCACUCAUAUGAGAUGCAUUGCCCAACUAGAUUAUAACUGGCCAAAUGGGAGAUAAACUCAGCCUUGUAUUAUAUAAUAUGUAUGUUGUGAAAAGGGUGGUGUCCAAAAUGACAUAAAUAUAGGUAGCAACUUAUGCUGGGCUACCUUCAUGUCUCCAGACCUGGAAAAGACUGUACUACCCUUACUCCUCAUGUGAUUUUCCAGUGUAUUGGGAGGAGUGGGAAAGGCAAUACCUAAGGUAGCUCUCAACUGCCUCUGAUUAGUAUUGCCCUUGCAUCUUUUGGUCCUUUUCAGCAUCAAUCUCAGGUCUUUUUGCAACAGGUGUGUAUUGUGGCCUGCUGCACAGCUCCAAUACCAGGCUAUAGGCUGCCACUGUCAGAUGGCAUGGCAGACCAUGUGUCACCCAUUCCCAGCCUAACUUUGGACUUGGCCUUUCAAUGAGCAAUUAAAUCUCUAUGCCCUUAGUUGUCAGAGGUGCAUGGAGCAGUAGCCAUGUACUGAAGGGAACAGACUGAAUUUAGGGGCCAGUGAUUCUUUGGUAUUCUUGUGAGCUGUUGGUCUUCACACUGAAUUUUUACCUAAAGGUGCCUUUUUAACUCUACAUCAUUAGAAGAUCUCCAAGCUUUUCUGUGUAGAGUACCAGACAGUUGGGUACUUUGAGGGAGUGAAGGGGUGUCUAAAGAAGAGAUGCUCCCAAGAUAGCCUCUGUGAAGGCUGUCGAGUAUUACCUUGCUGAAAGGAUGUGCAAGUAGGUGUUGGUCAAGCUUUCUGCCACCAUGAGUUGCUUAAAGCAAGCAAAAUGUUGUCUGUGUUCUCCUUCUUCCUGGUAGUUGCCAGUCUUGAGAAGGCCAAGGGGGUGUAUGCACUUCCAUCUCCAAGCCCAGCAGAUCUGUAUUAGGAGUGGGCUAGACUUCUGGCCAAUAAUUGCCCUUAGCUUUAAAAUGCAACUGUGUAGUCCAAAGGAUGCUGGGUUUCUGAGGACUGUGCACUGGCCUGGGGGGGUCACUGUAUGCUUGGGAACGUGUAGCUGUUCAUUUUUUGGACCAACAUAAAGGUAGUCACAGUACGCUGGAUUGUACACAAAACUAGCUUCCACCCUUUAACUGCUGGCGUGUGAGCAUUAUUACUUCAGAAUGAACAAGAUGUUGAAUCUCUCACUCACGCAGAUUCUUUGUGAAGGUUUAAUUGAUGGAUUAGCCCUUGGUUUUAAAUUGUAUCCCAGAAAUUGUCAGGGAAAGGGGGCUCAUGUUACUGUGGCUACGGCUCAGAAUUAAGUAGAAAGAGCCCCUUGCAUCCCCUCCUCUUCCCUGUGCCACUGGCGCAUCCUAUUUACCACAAGUUCAUUAACUGGCCUUAAUCUUCUCUUCUUGGCUCUUUUUGUGCAGAUCUUUGAUGGGGAAGUAGGAACUUUGGCUUCCCUUCUGAACGUUGUUCUGAUCUUUUCAUUUCCAUUGCCAGUCCUUUCUCACAGUAUUCCUUGCCCCCAUGUCUCCCCCACCCCACUUGCCCUUUUUACGAAGCACUUUGGAUGAUCAUCUCCCUCCUUUAAUUUUAAGCUCAGGGUUUUUGGGGUACUUUUAGUGCACGUCCGCUGUAAGAGUUGAUCACAGAUGAGCUCACAUCCACUGUAAGAGUUGGUCACACAUGAGCUUAUCACAAUUGUACAUAAUAAAACCGCACCAUACUGACAAAAAUAAAGGCAUAACAAAAUGGAGAUGCUGGAACUUCUACCAAGAGAGCACCCUCGACUGUAAAAUUUUAAAAAUAUAUAAUUUAUAUGUAUGCAAAGAACAACACCCCUUGUAUCUAGUCAGUAGUGAGGUUAGUCCUUUUUUAAUGUUAACCCCUCUUUUUGCAUUUGACAUUUGCCAAACCUUGUCGGUAGUUGAGAGUUCCAAGUAGUGAUAGAGUUUUUUAGAUUGGUGGCUUACUCAGCUGUCUCGUUCUUCCUCCUCACUCUCCUCCCCUCCUUUCUAUCUUUUGCAAACUUCUUGAAAUGUUUACAGGCUUGCACCUAUCUACUUUAAUUUUUUUAAAGCUGUACUUGGUAUUUUAUUUUUACACAUUUCUGAAUGAUGAACAUAGGGUGAUAUCGUUAGUUGGGACAUGAUUCUUUUUUUUCUGCCAAAGGUAUUUUUUGCUAUUCUUGUGUUUUAUUUUUCUGUUUUUACAAAAUGUUUGUGUUUAUAAUUUGGUUGUCAUUCAGACUGAGACAUAUUUAAUUUCCCUUUCUUCCCCCAACCCCAUGUAUGAUUUUAACAAUUACAGACAUUAGAUGUAGGAGUCUAGCCUAAAUGAUGUAAUCUUGUUUAUUUUUUCCCCUUCUUCAGUCUUGUACAAAUGAAUAAGAGAAAUGUACAAUCCCACUGUACUUAAUGCACGGAACGCUUGGCAAAUAAUUAUGUCAGUGAAUUUGAAAUUGUAUUAAACACUUUAGACAUUUGUAGAAGGGAAUUCAUAGAAUUUUCACUUAUAUACUAAAGGUUUUUUGUGCAGUUCUCAUUGCAAAAAAUAAACAUUUGUACUGAA